UCUGCCCGGAAGCAAGAUUGAGUCUUUUUUUUUUCGCCCAAUAAACCCUCUUUGUUUCUUGGUUCAAGAGGGCCGGCAUCUCCCCGUCUCGCCGCUGCUGAUCGGCUGCUGCUCUGCUCUGCUCUGUUCUGCUCGCAGGGUUCAUUGGCCCGCGCGGUCUUCUUUUCCGAGUCUGCUGCGAAUUUCGUCGAGGGUUUUUGGGGGCGGAUCAUGGGGCCGGCGGCGGGGGCUGUCAUCGAGAUCAUCUCGGACGACGAGAAGGAGGAUUCUUUUUCUGCCAAGCCGACCGCCGACGCGCUCGAUUGGGCCUCCAGCCUCCUGCUCGACGACCUCACUGGCUUGGGGGAGGGUUUAGACGACUCCGCCGUGAUACAGGAGCUCUUGUCCGCUCUGGAGGGUGAGAAGAAGGCUGCUGCUGAUGAUGAUGACGACGACGACGACUGCGUGAUCCUGGACGGUGACCCUGACAAGCCCCUGGUCGUUGUCAAGGAGGAGAAGCCUCGGAAAGAUGGGGCAGAAGAAGACUUGCAGGUUCUUUCAGAGAAAGGGGAGGUAGCAUGCAGGGAUUUCCCCCAUCCACGUCAUCUAUGUGCUAGAUUGCCUUUUGGAACUGGAUCUCAUGCAAAUCAUUGCACCGUGUGCCACUGUUAUGUUUGUGAUUCUCGUGCUCCAUGCCCCUGGUGGGGCAAAGGGUCCUUGCCUACUGAUCAUUGUCAUGCUACCGAUAAGGAUGAAAAAUGGAAGAAACAGAGGCAAUCACUCAAACGGAAGAGCGUGCAACCAUCUAAGCGUGAAGGUGUCAAGAAAAUGUCUCUCUCAAGCUCAACAACACCAUCCUCUCAGCAAUUUACAGGGCAUCAGGUAUCAGCUGCACAACCAUAUGCACCUUUGUGGACAACUGUAAACAAACCUUCUGUGGCAAGGGUUCCUGUUGCAAGUAAUGCCAGCCAAAAUCAACAAAGGCGUCCAUCUGCUUUGGGGACAGGUGUGAACCAACCUGUCGCCGGAAGAGUUCCUGUUGCAAGUAAUGUCAGCCCAAAUCAACAAUUGCAUCCAUCUGCUUUGAGGGCAACCGUAAACCAACCUUCCACCGGAAGAGUUCCUGUUGCAAGUAAUGUCAGCAGAAAUCAACAAUUGCAUCCAUCUGCUUUGGGAACAAAUGUAAACCAAACUUCCACCGCAAGACUUCCUGUUGCAAGUAAUGCCAGCCAAAAUCAACAAAUGCAUCCAUCUGUUAUGGCUGCACAGAAUGCGUGGCGAACCACCCAUCUGCCAAAAGCAUCAGCUCCUGGGCCAAAAUUCUCAGGUAAAACAUCCAACAGGCCUGGGGCUGCUCCUACAGUCUACACACCCUCAAAUGGGUACAUUUACCCUGCUCUUCGGAACAAUGCCCCAAUGCAUCCAGCAACCCCGCGUGCAGUUCAGACAGUACAAGCGGCACCCGGAAGCAGGGGACUGCCAGGAGGUAACCUUAUUCAGGGUUUCUCCACUCAGCGUUCUCUUGCUGCGCCGGUGCAGGUUCGGCCAAUGCCACAUCUCCAGGCUGCUUCCAAUGGAUCGUCUGGUACUGCUGGAAUGCAGCAGCUUCGUCAGUGCUCCACGCAAGUAGCUCAGGCAACACAGCAAGUAACCCAGGCACCACAAGGCGUGCAAGACGCAUCAGCUAUUCAGAAGUCAUGGCAGAUUGCACUUGCUAAUCUGGCCUCUGAUCUUGGUGUGUCUGACUACAAUGUCGAAUGGCCGCCUGUUCAACCGUCUGUCAGCACUCAGCCUCUGCAUCACAGCCAGCUACUUGCUCAACCAAAGGUGGUCCAGGGGCCUGAAACGCAUUGCAGCAGUAUUCCGGCGACAGCGGACACGAGGCCUUCUAAUGGUCUUCCCCAGCAGGAUAGCAAAUCUGCAGACAGUGCUGUUUCUAUGCAGAAAACACAAGCCUUGUGCAUACUGAGUUCGCAGAGCAGCCUUACCUCAAAUGAAACUUCUCUGAAUAGCUUUGUAGCUAAACCUGCCACGGAACAUUGAGCCUCUGCUGAGCCGUAUUCUUGAUACCCCUUUUUGUGCUCUUACAUGUCCAAAUUAGAAAUAUACUCCGUAUUUCAUAGCUGAGAAACUUGCUCUUGUGGCCUAUCCUAGAAGAGUAGAAAGGGCACUCCUUUAAGAAAGUGAAGUGCUGUAGAGUUGGGAUUUCUGAUGUAAUGUCUUAGACUCUGAAUUAAUGGUCAAUUUUCAGUGAUUUUUUUUUCA